AUUUAUAGGUAACUAAAAAUGGCUGACCCCAAGUACAUUGACGCAAUGAAGACAGACCAUCUCCCAGAGAUGAUGUUAGAAAAAGGGGACAAGUUACAGAAAGCAGAAGCUAAACUUAAAGUUCACCCGUUUCAUAUGGAGAGCUGGAAUGUUCUCAUCAAGGACGCUCAGGAGAAACAUAUAGACGUCUCUAGAAAGAUAUACGAGAGACUAAUGGAGACCUACCCCACGUGCGGAAGAUUCUGGAAGUUGUACAUCGAGGAGGAGUUGAAAUGCAAGAAUUUCGAGCGGGUAGAGUCGUUAUUUCAGCGAUGUCUCUUGAAAGUACUGAACCUUGACCUGUGGAAGUUUUAUCUGACUUAUGUGAAGGAGACAAAACGGGGACUACCAAAUUUCAGAGAGAAAAUGAUGAAAGCUUACGAGUUUGCGCUGGAUAAAGUAGGGAUUGACGUCGCUUCCGGGAACAUCUGGUCCGACUACGUCAACUUCAUCAAGGACGGAGAAGCAGCAGGAUCGUACGCUGAGAACCAGAAGAUAAUGGCAAUACGGCGGGUAUACCAGAGAGCCGUGAUGAUGCCGCUGAGUAAUGUUGAACAGCUGUGGAGAGAUUACAGCACUUUCGAGCAGAAUGUGAACGAAAUCAUAGCCAAGAAGCUGCUAGAAGAACGAAGUAGAGAUUAUCAGAACGCACGGCGAGUAGCAAAGGACUACGAAGCCACAACACGUGGGCUGACGCGCGGCGCUCCUGCUGUACCUCCCCAAAACAGUGCAGAGGAACGGCAACAGAUUGAAAUGUGGAAAAAAUACGUAGCCUGGGAGAAGAACAAUCCCAUGAGGAGUGACGACAACAGUCUGAUAAAGAAGCGGGUGAUGUACGCGUACGAGCAGGCAUUGCUCACGUGGGGUCACCACCCUGAUAUUUGGUACGAGGCGGCGCUGUUUCUGGAGCGCAGUGCUAAUCUGGUGCACGAGAAGGGCGAUACUCAGGCUGCCCAACACUGGAGGGACGAGGUAGCGUCACUUUACGAGAAAGCAACAACAGGUCUACUCAAAAACAACCUCCUUCUUCACUUUGCUUUUGCAGACUACGAGGAAUCCCGUAUGAAGACUAAGGAAUGUCAUGAGAUUUACAGGGAUUUGGUGGCUACUGUUGCGGAUCCUACUUUGGUGUUUGUGCAGUACAUGAAGUUUGCGCGCAGAGCUGAGGGUAUCUCCGCAGCGCGUGCUGUCUUCAAGAGAGCGCGGGAGGACAAGAAGAGUACUUAUCACGUUUACGUAGCUGGUGCCUUGAUGGAGUAUUACACAUCCAAGUCCAAAGAUAUUGCACUGAAGAUAUUUGAGCUUGGACUUAAGAAGUUCCCAAAAAACACAUCCUACAUCCUGAAAUACCUGAACCACUUGUCUCACCAAAAUGACGACAACACAACACGUGUGCUAUUUGAGCGGGUACUAACCUCACUAGACAAGGACAACAGUUGGCCCAUAUGGCACGAGUUCCUCUCCUUUGAAAGCAAUGUAGGUGAUCUGGCAUCCCUUAUGAAGGUGGAGAAACGGAGGUCAACUGCUUUUGAAACUGAGUGUAAGAUGAAGGAAACAUCACUGCUAGUGGACAGGUACAAGUACCUGGACCUGUACCCCUGCACUGCUCAGGAACUUAGAGCCAUGGACUACCAGGUGGAACAAGACCUCUCUGCCAACAGGAACCUUCUGACCACCGCCCAAACUAACAUUAACAACAGAGAGCAGCCCGCUAAGGGAUCAGGGGGAGUAGCGAGACCAGAUGUUAGUCACAUGGUCCCUUACGCUCCUCUUCCUUCUUCCAGUAUCAGGGCCAGCCAGAUCUACGGAUACCCCGUUCCAGCUGCAGCUUCAGACCUUCUCACCCACAUGCCUCCGCCUCAUUGCUUUCACGGACCCUUUGUGGCAAUCGACAAGCUGGUUAAGAUUAUAGCCGAAAAGUGCCCACAAUCAUUUGACUUGAUGCUCGAGCGGAUGGCAGCUUCAGAGAACAUGGACGUAGACCAGUACAUGUCCAGUUCGGACCGCGGAGACCGUGCCAAAAAGCGCCAUCUCGACGAGGAAGCAGAAGAGGGCCCCACGCGCGCUGUGGCCCCGCCCGCCUUCGAUCUGUACAGAAUGAGACAGCAGCGCCGACACGACACAGCUACAAUUUGAGACCUUUCACGUGACUUUCAUAUAAAGAUUGUUGUGUCCCAUAGGGACUGCUCAAUUUAUAAAUCUUGCUUGACAGGUUAAAUAAUAGUAAAUACUGUUUUUAGUGUCAUGUUUGAACUGUGUCACCAGUUUAUAAGUGGCUCGACGCUUAUGUUAGUCAAAUUGUGUUGAACCUUAUUUUUAUUAUUCUAAUCAGCUUGAUCAAACGAAAUGUCUUCCAACAAGGAUUUAUCAUUUUCAGCAUUUCUUGGAAAUAUCCAACAUUUUUUGUCCACCUCUGCCAAAGUUUUAACUGUAUUUAUUACAAAUCUUGACUAUAAUUUAUUGA